AUGACUCUUGCAGGAGUAGAUGGCAUUACCAAAGGUGAAGUCUCUCGAAAAGGUAAUCGUGCACAAUCAGAAGGAACAAAAGUUCAACGAGGAUUUACUGUUUGUGCUACGGGUGUUCCAUCAAUUCCAAGUCCUUAUUUAACCAUUAUUACUAGUAACAAUGAAAAGAAAGGUUUUCACCAAACUGCUAAACGUUUUCAAUAUGAGACAACUUUGGCACCUGGACCUGGACAAUAUGAUACAGUUCGACCUAUCGAUAAACAAUUAGAAAAAACGUCUGACUCGAAAAAAGGUUCAGGUGGAUUUGCUUCCAAAAGUAGACGUGAAGGUUUCACGAGUGGUGCAUUAAGUGCUCCAGCACCCACCGCUUAUAAUAUUUCAAGUAAACUUGGUACUGGUCAGCAUGAUUUUAAUCGAGCUAAAUAUUCCAGUAUGUUUCAAAAGCCUAUUGCUGAACGACCUUUAUCAUCAAAAUCAUCAAUUCCAGGUCCAAAUCAAUAUGAUGUUUAUAGAGGAUUAAGAAGAACAGGAAAAUCAAAUAAUGUUUCAGCACAAGCAGCUUUUCGAUCACAUACAAAACGAUCUGUUCCAGUGAAUAAACAUUUCAUAACACCUGCUCCUGAUACAUAUAAUGUAAAUGAUGCUGCUACUCGAACAUUAAGACCUAUUCAUCAAUCAAGUUUUAAAUCAACAUCAAAACGUGAUACAUUUAGUUCUAAAUCAACCACUGAAAUACCAGGUCCAGCUGAUUAUCGACCAUUUGAAAAAUUAACCGAAGAACCUCAACGACAAAUAUUUCCACGUCAUCCUUAUUUAACUAUUUCUGCUCCAGCUAUUCCACCUCCACCUGAUGCUCCAUUUCCUGGUCCAGGAGCUUAUGAAAUUUGUGGUUUUAAAGAAGUUGAAAAGAAAUAUAUGACAUCUGCUGCAUUUGUUUCCAAUACAAGUCGAUGGGCACUUGAUACAAUAGCAGCAGCUGAACAACCUGGUCCAGCUUCAUAUACACCACGCGCAGUACCAAAACAAACAUUUAAUUUUAAUUUUGAACGAAAAUGGAUUUGA